AUGCACAAUCAGACGAAGAAGAGCCUCUUUGAUGAAACGAGCAUUCACAAUCAGACGAAGAAAAGCCUCUUUGAUGAACAGAGCACGCACAAUCAGACGAAGAAAAGCCUCUCGGAUGAAACAAGUAUGCACGUUUCCACCAAGCAGAAACUUCAGACUUCCAACGACACUUUGACCACUGAGAUGUCCAACCACUGUACCACCCGCUCACAACUCAAGGUUCGCACCGAUGAGCUUCAGACCACGCGUUCUGAUCAUGUUGUCUCGUUGGGUAGGCAUGUCCUCACGCGCAGAACCCUCCACGCUUGUGACCGCGAGCUUUGCCAAUCAAAGCUUGGGCACACGACGACCGAGAUAAAGCUGCAAGACGUGCAAGCGCAGUUGAGCAGCAUCUGGUGGAUGGGGGACAAGUGGCAGAGGCCGCUCUCCAURAGACCCGUGGAAACCUCGACGAUGUCCGAGAUCGCUUAG